AGAAAAAUGCAGCUCGUUUCUAUAGAAAAAAAGGUUGACGUGGACGUCAAGAGUGACCUUGAGCACUCAGACAUGCAGCACCACAUGCCAGGUAUCACAUUACAACACACAGCUUUAGAUAGAGAGGUUUGUUACCAAAUGGAAAAUAAUUGGGUGUGUGUGUGUGAGGCAGUACCUCCUGUGGAGGGCAGGGUACGCUGCAGCCGUGUAAGUCUUCCUGUGCUAAAACUGGACAGACUGAGAAUGGCCAAGGCUUUAGUGGACAAAGCUGUGAAGGAGAGGAAGGUAUUCUCCAUAGAGGGUCCAUACCCUGUUAUUCGUGCUGCUCUGAGGGCCAGAGGGUGGGUAGAGCGCCAACUUCCUCGCCGCCCCCUAGGGUGUUGUCACCAAGGAGACCAGGAAGCAGAGGGCACAGAAGAGACUGACAGUAGUGAUGAUGACGGUGCAGAUAGAGGACAGGAUGGAGACAGAGAAGAUGACACUGAUGAGAUGACUGAUCUCAUGUCUCGCCUGGUGCGCAACGAAACUACAUAUUUCUACUGGACAACCAGGAGGGACACAGUCGACUGUUUGUCAUUAAGAAAAGACCAGAUGACUAAUCAUUAUGCAAAAGCUGGAUCUUUCACUACCAAGGUGGGUCUGUGUAUGAGUUUGAGAAAUCUCCAGUGGUUUGACUCAACCGAUCCUGACACAUUCUUCCCACGCUGCUACAGGCUGGGGGCGGAGGAUGAAAAACAUGCUUUCACUGAGGAUUUUAGACGCACUGCAUGCACAAGCCUCUUGCGCUAUGUGGUGGAGAGAGCUGAAGGAGGGGAGGUGGACACAACAGGAGAGUUCUGUAAUGUUAAACACUCUCAGGGUAUGGAUAAGCAGCAUAAGCUACGAUCCAAUCAGAGGCUUGGAGCUAGGUUGAUUGACACUGCAUUGCAUGUGUGUCAGGAGUAUCUGAGCAGCCAAGAACACAAUGACAUAGACGUGGACUGUCCUUCUUCCCUCUCAGAACAGCAGUGGGAUGACUUUAUCCAGAAAUACUACCUUGUUAUUCAUGAUGGUGCGAUAAUCGAGGGGUGUAGCGAGUAUGCAGAGCGCUGUAGGUCCAUGUUAACCCGCAUGCAGAAAGUCUGUCCACAGCUGCAAACUGAUGGACUCAAUAACAUCUGGAUUAUCAAACCAGGUGCUCUGUCACGAGGCAGAGGUAUUGUAUGUAUGAACAGGUUAGAUGAGAUGCUGAGUUUAGUAGACAGUGAACCUGCCCUGAUUAAAGACAGUAAGUGGGUAGUGCAGAAGUACUUGGAGCGCCCUCUGCUGGUUCAUGGCACUAAAUUCGAUCUCCGUCAGUGGUUCUUGGUCACGGACUGGAACCCUCUCACAGUCUGGUUCUAUGAUGAGUGUUACCUGCGUUUCUCCACUCAGCCCUACUCCACUCACAGGCUGGACAGCUCUGUCCAUCUCUGCAACAACUCCAUCCAGAAGCAUUUCCGUCCGAGUGCAGGCCGUGACCCGUCUCUGCCUGCUGAAAACAUGUGGUCGUGUGCUGAGUUCCGUUCCUGGCUGGCCUCCUCAGGCCGUGGCCGGCUGUGGGAGGAGGUGGUGCUUCCAGGCAUGAGACUAGCAGUGAUCCAGACACUGCUGACUGCACAGGACAGUGUGGAGCCUCGCAAGGCCAGCUUUGAGCUCUACGGGGCAGACUUCAUUCUGGGGCGUGACCUGCAUCCUUGGCUGCUGGAGGUCAAUGUCAGCCCCACCAUGGCCUCCUCCACAGCCAUCACUGCCCGACUCUGUCCUGCUGUGCAGGAGGACACACUGCGUGUGGUGCUGGACCGACGCUAUGAUCGCAACGCACACACUGGAGGCUUUCAGCUCAUUUACAAACAGGCAGCAGUAGAGGUUCCUCAGUAUAUCGGUGUUAACCUUCUAGUGGAGGGGGCUCAGAUCAGACGUCAUCGGGCCUCUCCCUGUAAAACAUUCAUCCGCUCUCAUUGUGAACCAUUACACAAAUCCAGGCCUGCUCUGCCAGUCAGUGAAUGCUCCUCUGAUAAGGAGAACCAGUCUAAUGAGGUAAAGAGGACUUGGCCCAAUGUUUCUCGAAAGUUCACAAUAGAGCGUUCUUCAACCUGUCAGCCUUUGCUGGAGAAAAGACGGCGCAGACGCGCUUUGCCCUCAGCAUCCUGCCCUCUGCCAAACCUUUCAGACCGUCAUCACCUUCAAACUUCAUAUGCACGUCUACACGCAUACACUGAGCUGGCACACACCCGCCCUCACAGGACACGCAGAAAUGUGCUGUCUCUUAACCAUCUCAGUCCUUCUCUGGAGAUAAUCAGUAUACGACCAGAGCUAAAGUACAGCCAGAGCACACACGCUCCCACUCGCACUGCUCAUGUCUCUCACCCAACCCUACGCAUGCACCGGUACCUUUCACCAAUCAACACACAAACACCUAUAAAGUAGGAGGACUUUGGACCACCUGAGCCAAGAAACUAAGUUGACUGUUAACAGUGUAAAUCUCUGAUCUCACAAUGAUUUGAUCUAAUUAAAUUAUGAUUCUUUAGAAAACAAUUCAGUGCAUUAGCACUGUUUGAUUGAGUUGAAGUUGAUUAUUUUGAAACUUAUAUUUAUAGAUUUGUCUGGCACUCUUAUCCAGAGUGGCUUUAAAUUCCCAGGCUUAUUACACAUGAAGGCUUAUUAUUCAGUAACUACAGGGACUUCAAUGCAAACUGGUUGAACCAGUCUUAGGUUAUUGAAAUGGGUAAUAAAAUUUUAGAACCAUUGACAGGCCCUAGCCAUGUAAAGCGUUCAUUUGAUCAUGUUAUAGAGGUCAGCGAAUUUUAGGAGUUUUGCACAAGGACUCUCACUGGAAUAGUGUAGUGCUCAGGUAGGGGAUCGAACCCCAGUCUACCAUGUGUAGGGGCAGCACAAGGCUAAGCGAAUCUCUAAAUGCUUCAGGAUACAAGCCUCAUGUAUCAGACAUGAAUGCCUUACUUACAUCGACAGCUUAGAUGGAAGUCAAACACAGUCCCUUCAUAUUAAAAAGGUAAUAUUUUGGUAGUUACCCACAAGUGACCCACCUGAUUCAGAAUUAUUGGUACCACUUUACUGUAGGACUGUCCUUGUAAUAUGUAUUAUUUACGUUAUAAACACCUUAGUAGUCAUUAAUAAGCAGUUAUAACACAAAUGAAAAGGCAGCAGUGACAUGUUAUAUCUGCCAGACAUGAAUACCUGUUGAAGCUGGCAGAUUUAAUGUUAACUGAUGGAGACGACAAAGUAAGAGAAGUAGCCUGCACAUUCGGAGGUUCAACAGUAUAGAUGAAUGCAGGCUCACUAUUUGGCUAACAGGUCACUGAUCAUUUUAUUUAUGUAUUAAUGUUUUAUUACUGUUUAAUGGUGAUUUUUAAGGCAUUGUGACCCAAUUCAUAACCAUUAAUAAGCUAUUUAUAAGGGUAGUCUUAUAAAAAUGGUAACAAAUUAUUUGGACAAAUGUGCUGAAUACAAAAUGCA